AUCUCAACAAUCAGAUCUCACCAAUAAAAUUUCAUCUUUAAAAACAAGUUUUCUUAUUACGCUUCAUAGCAAUACUAUGCGAUUCAUACAAUUACUCAUGAUUGCUUGUGCCCUAACUGGCACCGUCCUCACCUCGCCAGCCCAAAAGGACACAAUUAGUACCGGCAACACCAUCCUGCAAUCAAGAGCAACGGCGGUCCUAGGACUCGGAAAGAGAACGGACGACGAGAGCGACAACUGCGCCGACUGUGAUCCAGCUGCAUGUGUAACUGCCGCUUUCAAGGCCUAUUGUGCUAGUAAAGGUUGUGGUUGCUAAUUGACGUGGAUGAACUGAGACCACAGCGUAUUUAUAACAUUGCCCAGAGAUCUUGUGAAGGUACACCUGCCUUUUGUUCCCAUGCUUUCUGCACCAGAAGCUUUUUCCAAUAUCCAUCUCGCGCAUCUGUUUGUUUUUGGUUUCUUGGAUCUUGCUCUCGUACUUUUACAGUCUGGUCUUCCUCAGAGCUCGAUAUGAUCCCGUCCAAUUGCUCUUGUUGUUUUGAUCUCUUUGCUUCCUGUUUGCUUGACUCUGGUCGCUGUUCCUAUGAUCUCAUAUACUUGUGGACAU